AUGAGGUUCAACAAUUGUGUAUUUAUUUGUGUUAGCGGAUUAAAGAUUUUCAGAGGUAAUAAUGGUAUAAGAAUUGGUGUUAUCGGUGGUAGUGGACUGUAUGAAUUUGAUAAUUUGAAAGUAAUUCAAAGGUCUUUUCCUGAAACACCUUGGGGUUAUCCUAGUGGUGAAAUCGUAAUAGUUCAAGAUCCACGCGGAUUCAAAAUUGCAUUUUUAGCCAGACAUGGCAAAGGGCACUUAUAUAAUCCUUCCGAAAUUCCAUCGAGAGCCAAUAUAGCAGCACUUAAACAUAUCGGCGUAGAAGUUAUUAUAGCAUUUUCAGCUGUGGGCUCUUUACGCGAAGAAAUUAAACCAAAAGAUUUCGUUUUACCAGAUCAAAUUAUAGAUCGUACCAAAGGGAUUCGUCAUUCAACAUUUUUUGAAAAUGGUUUAGCAGCACAUGUUUCAUUUGCUGAUCCGUUUAAUCAAACAUUGUCAGAUUUAAUUUAUAGACAUAAAUCUGUUUUAGAAAAAGAAGGAAGUACGUUACAUCAAGAGAAAACAUUGGUGUGUAUAGAGGGUCCAGCUUUUAGCACUAGAGCUGAAUCAAAGUUGUAUCGUAGUUGGGAUUGUGACGUAGUUAAUAUGUCUGCCAUACCAGAAGCUAAGUUAGCUAAAGAACUAGAAAUAGCCUAUCAAAUGGUUUGCAUGUCGACUGAUUAUGAUUGCUGGAAACAAGGCGAAGAAGACGUUACUGUUGAUGCUGUUAUGAAUGUUAUGUUGCAAAAUUCAGCGCAAGCUAAAAGAUUAUUGGAGACAAUUUUGCCGGAUUUAGAACAAGCGUUAAAUGAUGGGAAAUUUGAAUCAAUUAAAGGAAAUGCGAGUUACUCUUUUGUUACAAGUAAGGAAUCAAGGAAAGCUGAGCAAAUAAAGAAAUUACAAUACGUGUUGCCUGGAUAUUUUUGA